AUCGUCCUCAUGUUCAGGUGACGCCUCUGUGCGCAUGUGAGCAAACUGCAUCCACAGUCCGGCGAUGUUUUGCAAACAGAGAAGAGAAAAAACUUUGUUUUCAUUUAUGGUAACAGUUUAUUUUUACACGUUUCAGAUGUGUUACUCGGUGAGUUUAGGAAAGCGGGACGACGGUGUAACUGCUUACAAAGUGCAAGAGUCAAACGCAACCAGGUGGGAAAGGAUUAAACAGAACAACGACGUCGAGCUGGGACGUAGCCGCUUGGUUGAACACGGUAGCUGGGACCCAGAUGUGCGUAAAUCCAAUGUGUCGGGUGUCAGUGAGCUUCGGCCUGAAUCUGCUGUUCCUCAUGGAGAGCACUUCCCAUAUCACGCUGUGCGGAAACUUGGUGCAACUGACAGCAACUUUGCGCUUCACGGCCUGUUUUGGACCGUUGGUCAUGUCGGCACGCAGCACAUCAGCAGACGUUACUCGGCUUCAGACUCUGAGGAUGGAUACCAAGCCGAUUUUACAGGUUCUGAUGGAGGCCAGGGGAAGGUUUUGGCCCCCUCAUUUGCCUCCAGUCCACAUUUCUCAGAGUGGCUGGCUAUGAGGCCUUUGGUCCGGUGUGAUGAUAAUGUCAUGACCUUUACCGCCUCUGGAGAAGGAUUCACAAACCUGUUUGUGGACAGAGAGGGAGCCUCUCCCAUCUCUUUGUUCCAGUUGCCACCAUACUGUGGUUACUCAGUGAGAACGUCAUGGAGCGAUCUUGAGAUGAUGGUGCCAUAUGAUGCAUGUUACAUUACACAGGAGAAUGGCAGUUAUGUGCUGCCCAUGUUGUGGUGGGGCAGCCCACUGAAGCUCUCUUGUCCGAUGGAGUUGGCCACUCCUGCACCCUCAGUCUUUUGCUCCCACUAUGGCAUGGCGGUGCAGCUAGACGGACAGGAGCAGAAUAUAUUAGUGCUGGGAUUCAAGGUGAAUGGAAAUUGGGGUCCGUUUGUCUCUGAAGAGUGUGCCCACCAUGUCUCCUCCAAUUCUGGGAAGCUUACCUUCUUCAUCUCCUACAGUGCUCCUUGUAUCAUCAUUGGAGAUGGCCUUCAUCUCCAGCUUAUAAUAGAUGAUCAGGAAUACAUCCUCUCCUGUCCUGUCACUCCCCAGUUUCCCUUUGCCCCACCCCCUCCUCCCUCUUCUCCUCACCCAUCUCCUGGUGACACCCAGUUUCCAUAUGUCCCAGAUUACGUUAGCCCUGUACCCACCUUCACUCCUCCUCCUCCUCCUCCACCCCCUCCUCCUCUUCCUCCUCCCCCUCAACCUCCAACCCAGGAGCAGAUUGUCCAAUUUCCUGAAUACCCUGAUUACCACUAUCCUGGACUCCAGUACCCCCAGCUUCCCCAGGUUUACCCUCCUAGCCCACAACCUGCCCACCCUGCUCGACCCACUCCUGGCAGUCCUCCUGGGGAACAGCCCCAGCAGCAGCAGCAGCAGCAGCAGCUGCUCUACCCCAUGGGACCUGGCAAGGUGCCCUACUAUCCUGGAGAUCCCCCAAAAUAUCCUUCAAUUCCUUACCAGUCUCCUAUGGUGGUACAAGCUCCAUCCUCCCCAACCCCUAACCAAGUGCAGGGUAGUCCUCCUGAUCAAUUUUCCAGAUUACUGGUUGGUUCUUCUCAAUAUCCACCUGGUGUGUAUUACGACUAUGUGCCUUUCUACUACCCUGCAGUGACACCAGCUCCAACCACUGCAGCUAGAAAAACUACUACUGCUCAUCCAGCUACCCAGCCACCCAAACCUCCAGCGAGUCUUCACUACCCACAGUAUUAUCUUCAGAUGCCUUACUAUCAUGUACCCACUGCAGUACCAGUUACCCAAGAACCUCCUCCCCUUCCUCCCAGCAUACCGUCUCUUCCUCCCUCUCCACCAGAGCAACCUGUGGGCCCACAGUAUUACAUCAUCCCAUUUUAUCCACCUGGUUCCUAUAGCUCUUACUAUCAUUAUGGAAAAUUUCCCUACCUGAAUCCCGAUCUUGAGGUGGAACCUGCCUCCACUUUGCAUCCCACUAUUGCUACACCUGCCCCUCCUUUGCCUCCUACCACCACAACUACGACCAGCACAAUGGUUCCCAAACAGCCUGACAUUCCCAGCUAUCCCUUUGGCCAGUUUUACCCACAAACACCCAUUUAUUCCUUGCCACCCUCGCCUCCGCCAACUGCUGAGAGUCCACAAGUCACCUGUCUUCACUCUACUCACAUCAUUUGUGGCUACUACCCUUAUCCCUAUAUUCCCUAUUACCAUCCUCUUUACCCGUCCCACUACCAUCCAGCUUACCCUCCUGUGCCCCAGUAUCCCCAGACUCAACUACCAGUUACCCCCAAAGAUGUUUUCACCACAGCUGCUGCCACCAUCAUCCCCACUACUGCAACUACAGCUCCUACAACAGCAAGUUCUACAGAAUCUUCCCCAACUGGGCCCACUCCACAGAUGCCUCACCUCCGGUGUCCAAAGGGGAGGAUGGUUGUUUUCCUGCCUUCUGCUCACCCGGACUCCAUCCAGGUCAGAGACCAAAUGAAGACAUGGCUGUCCCUCUCCAGUGUGUCUCCACUCUGUGGGUACAUGCUACAGAUGGCUGAGGACUCUGGGGUAAUCCUUCACUCUCCUCUGCCUGCCUGCCACAGCAAGCUACCGACUCCCACGACCAUUUCUUUACCUCUGAGGUUUUGGGACCUUUCUGUGGCGCAGUAUAGGACUUUGGACCUACAGUGCCCAUAUCAACCUAUCCCUGAAACUCCUGCACCGUUUACCCCAUCGGUGUCACCUCCCCCACCCAUCACCAAGGACAAGAUCAGCCCACCUGCUGUCCCAAAACCUAAAGUCUUCUGCUCCUCCCAUCAGAUGACUGUGGAGCUCCCCUCUGGUCCCCUCUCUGAAAUUGUUCUUAAAGACAUCAGAGGGAACCAGAUGAACCUCCAGGACGCCCCAGAGGACUGUGGGUAUUCUGCAAGAAAAGGCCGAGAUGGCAAAAUCCGUUUGAAUCUCCAGUUACACUCACGCUGCCACAUGAGUGUGCAGGGUAAAGUGUACAUCAUGACUGUUGUCUACAUGACAGUAAAUGGGAGACGGGAAGCUCAGUUUUUCUGUCCAGUUCUCGUCCCAGGGUCUGGACAAGAGUGCAACCUUCCCCGUGAACAGCGUCUCCCCUGCGGACCCGUCUCUGUAUCCCAGCCACAGUGCCUCUCUAUGGGCUGCUGCUUCAGCAAGCAACCCCCUGCCUGCUACUACCCCAUGGAUGAGUGCACUAUUGACCGCCACUUUGUCUUCUCUGUGCCUGCCUCCCUCACGGAGCCCCCUCUUUCCCCUGCCCUGCUUGUGGCUGGUGGUGACUCCACCUGCAAACCUGAGAGAGUGACUUCUGACUACGCCUUGUUCAAGAUCCCAAUGGACGGGUGUGGGACACGCAGAGUAAUGGUGGGGAAAACGGUGAUCUACAUGGUGGAGGUCACAAACAAGGUUCAGGCAAUCAGCCUCAACUAUGGCACCAUAACAAGAGAUUCUCCUGUCCGGUUGUUGGUAGAGUGUAGGUAUCUGCCAAGCACUGUUUUGAGUGUGAGCUACAUGGUUAAAACACCCUCCUUGGGACCUGCAGUUCAGACCCAGGGGGUGUUUGGAGUCCAGCUCAGGAUUGCCAAAGAUGCCCAGUACAGCAGCUACUACCCUCAGUAUCACCAGCCCCUGCAGAUGCUGCUGGGGAAACCCCUCUACCUGGAAGUGCGGCUGCUCAACAGCCCAGAUCCCAGUUUAGUGCUGCUGGUGCACUUCUGCGUGGCCUACCCCCGCUCUGGAACAGCUGUGUGGCUACUGCUUUACAACGGAUGUCCCAACCCCUUGGACCCAGCACCACAGCAGGCUGUGCUGGUUGAUCCCCAGUCGACCUCUCCUCAGGCUCAGACCCGCCGUUUUACCAUCAGUACCUUCCAGUUCCUUCCUGAUGGUGAGUUCAAGGACCCCAAUGAGGAGAUCUACUUCAUGUGUUCAACUGAAAUCUGCUCGCCACGUGAUGGCCCUUGCGUCGAGGGAUGCUUUGGCCAGUGAUGUUUCGACAUGGAAGACGCUUGAAGUUGGUGGAGAUGUGGAUGAUCUGGUGCAAAAAAAGAAAAAAAUUAAGCUGACUUUGGUGUACUUUUAGUAGUAAAAAUACGCCAAAGUAAAGUUUCUAUACUGACUGUAUCUCCUUUUUAGGCCUCAGACAUCACCUAUUCAACCGCCAAUAAAAGCUCUCAAAGGACA